UUAUAUAUAGAUAUGCUUAAUCGUGCUAUUAACACAGGGUUUCGUAAAGCAUUGCCAUCAUUCACAUUCUCAUCAAGAAGUAAGCAAUCCUACUUAAGCCCCUCUAGAUGGCCCAUACAACCCAAACAGAUACAGACAUUAUUUGAACCCAAACUUCUUCUAAUCCAACAAAGAGAUUGCUGAUAUCGCCAAAUCAUAACAAGUCCCACUUCCAGGUAAUCUGAAUUCAUUACUACUUCAGUUCGAAAUGUCAGACAUGUCAACCCAGUCAGAUAAUCUGGUCCUCUUCCUCCAUAUGAUGGACCCUAUACGUAUUUUUAUCCUUCAUAAUCAAAAUUAGAAUGGAAGACGUAAGAGCUGUUUGGUAGAAUACUUCCAUCGGUAGAUAAGGAACAUGGAGUUGUUAGAUGGAUCCCGAUGAAAUCAUGAGAAGAGUCCCAGGUGUCUUACUUAUUCUAUUUUGUAGGAAUCACUAGAAGAGAAGUUGAAAAGAUCUUAAAUAUGGGAUUGACACCAUAAGAAUAAGUUGAUUUUGCAUAUUUGGUUUAUAACUGUGGUUUCGAUGUGGAUUAUGUUCCAAACAGCGUUUAUGUUGCAAGAUAGGUCGUUACCAAUUCAAAAGGAGAAAAAGUUGAAAUCUUAUGGAAUGUCUAAGUUCUUGAAGAUCUAGCCAAAUUACCUGUAGGAUUUGCUCCUGUGAGGGAACUAAUUGAUUAUCAUUGGGAAAUCUUUCUUUGGUCAGAUCCAAUGAUCAAACCAACAGGUGAUUUAGAUCUUGGUGUUCCUAAUACCUGGUUUGAAUACGAAUGCGAAUGUAAUUAUAUCCUUUUGCAUUUUCUAUAGGGGGAGGUGAAAUGGUUGGAAUUGAAGAUUAAUUCAACAUCCCAGAAAGUGAUAGAGUAUUCCCAUCUCCAAGAAAUCCUAAUUGCAGAAGAGAACUCUGGAAAUCUCAGGAUGAUAUCCAAGAAUAAUUAGAAAUGGAAGGUAAAACUCAGUUUAAUCCAUUUUUUAGAUGAAAAUUGGUAUCCUAAAGGAACAUCAUAUAAUAUCUACCAGUAAGCAGACUAUAAAAAAGUAACUAAAUCAGACAGCACAUUUUAAGAAAAAAUAUGAUCAUUUAAACAUAUUAGUGCAAUUAUAAUAUUAUAUAAUCUUCUAAAG